UCAGCACCUGCCCCGAGUCAGGAAUUUCUGAACUGCUUUGGUAGUUGCCCCACGACAUCUCAGUACAGUCCCAUAUGUGGGAGUAAUAUGCAGCAAUAUAUGAACGAACAGAAAUUCAAUUGUGCCCGAUUCUGUGGUGCAGUUCGACGAGGAAGCUGCGAGGGUCUUUUUGCGAUGACUCGCGGCUGAUAUUCUUCAUACAACAACUUAUACCAGUUAAACCUUACAAACAAACAUACAUAUUCUAAGACAUAGGGCUCAGAGAUGUUUUCAGCAAAACAACGUUUUUUUUCUUUGUGAAGUUCCCAGUUCAUGAAAAUUUGAUAAGAAUAAAGAGAGAUGAAAGCUCUAUAUAGACGCCAUAUAGUGGUGCUACUAACACUGAAAUAGGUAAAUAUAUAGAGAAAAUAUAAGCAUGUACGUACCUACUUCUGAAAAACAAUCUUGAUAACGUGGGAUGACGCACUUGUACACAGUGUCGGACUAGAUUUCAUAGACAGUUCCGGUCUAUUUUUUGAAGAGAGUACACGCGAAGAUGCUGUCGACGUAUCACUUGGCCGCAAUCACGGCUGUGCUCUUUGGGUUUCUGCAAUUCCAGGAUAUGGUAGUAGCCAGAGUUACUGGCCCAGUUUAUCGGCGUCCAAACGCCACAUUAUUUACGCCCGCCCGCAUCCAUAAUGGUGGAUAUAAUCACUCGACUUUUGGCCCCGGAAACAACAACUAUACCCGUGCUGUAGUAUCGCCCAAUUGGACUGUGCCAGUGAAUCACCAACCCGCCUUCCAGGCUCCCACUCUUACAGCACCUUCUCGUAAUCGUACUGCGUUUGUCCCUAAUGGCUGGUUCCAACCAAACCAUAACCAAGGUCAAACCGGGACACCAGCACUCGUCUACGGAAAAAGCAAUAGAACUGUUUAUCCAGCAUACAACCAAACAGCCCAUGGAACCCCUUACUCAAGUCCUUAUGGAAACCUUUCUAUCUGAACAAAAUAAAUCACCAAAGUUUUCUAUUUUUUCAAAAACAA